AUGGACGUGCUGUCGAUGUCCUCUGAGGAGCUGCGAGCAGCGAUCGAUGUGCAACAGCGACAAAAGGAAGCGAAUGAAGCCAGGCGCAGAGAGCUCGAGGGCGAGACCCAAAAGGCCAGUGAGCGGAGGGAGCUUAGGAAACGGCUGCAUUCCAUGACUGUCUUGCGGGAGCUCUCAGAGAGAGACAUUGCAGUUGAAGCCGCAAAACGACGCCGUAUUGACCAUGAUGAGCAGGAAGCGGAUUCCACAUGUGAUCUUCCGCACCGUGUGCAGCCUGUGGAUGUGAGUGUUGGAUCAAGGUUCAAACUCGCGGACCUGGUUCAUAAAGCCGAGUAUGUGUGGAGAAUCGAAGGCUUUUCAUGGAUGAAAUGCGGGCUUGAGCAGGGGCCCGAUCCCAACGUGACCACCCGCUUUCUUCUUGGCGACGAGAUAAUAACCUUUCACUACAGCCCGUGGCCACACAGGCUUUUGCGCGAGCAGCAUCACGGGUCACUUGCCAUAGUACUGUAUACGAAGAAUCGUAUCGCGCUUCGGUAUCGCAUCUGCGCCAAGGCCCGGAACGGGGAGUUCGUGCAAUGGGGCGAGAAGCGUGAUGUCGUCCACGAAGGCUACGGUAAAGAACUUUGUGCUUAUGGCCCUGAUGUGCAUUCUCCGGGGGAUCAGCCUGCUUCACUGGGCAUCUUCGGGCUGAGCCAUGAAGAGCUGCUUCAGUCCGAGUGGGUGCAGGAGGACGCGCUCACGGUGAAGUUCGAAGUGGAAGUCCGCCCCAUGCAGCGUUUCGAGGAGUGCCGCUUGAGCCCCUCCGUGGAGAUCCCUGAGCCGACCAUCCUCCGAGACCUUGAGACGCUCUUGAAGGAAGGAACGUGCAGCGACGUGAGGUUCGUGGUGAAGGACGAGGUGAUCCCGGCUCACUCGCCGAUUCUUUGUGCACGAUCCGAGGUGUUCAGCAAGCAGCUUACAGCGGGCAUGCAAGAGUGCAUCUCGAAAGUCAUCGUGAUCGAAGAUUCUGAUGUCGCCACCUUUAAGGCUUUCCUGCAGUUUCUCUACACCGAUCGACUGCCGGAGGAGAUCCUUCCGAAGGGGAUUGGAACAAAUGCGAGAGAUCCGUGGCAGCUCCAGGCGCUCCUGGCCAUCAGCCACAAGUAUGAAGUAAAGCGACUUCAGCUAUGGUGUGAAGCGAAGCUUUCAGAGAACAUCAACACCUCACAGGUUUGCGGCGUCCUCUGCCAGGCGCACCUCUUGCAGGCGAAGCAGCUCGAGAAGGCGUGUCUCUCCUUCAUCAAAGACCGCGCAGACCAGGUUCUCACGCAGCCGGCCUACGUCGAGUUGGUCAAGAAGUGGCCUCAGAUCGGGGUGAAGGUCAGCCUCUUUUCAGCGGGGGUGUCCCACACGGAGUUGUUGAGAAUGGUGGAUGGCAUGGAAAAGCCACAGGAGCGAUCGCAGCAGGUGACCGAGUGA